GUGAGCUCCAUCUCUCGCUCUCUAACCGGGGGCUCGACCGCACAUGAGCAGGACAACUCUGGUCGGGAUCUGAGCUCCACGCCGUCGCUCAGGAUGACUUCACGCAUUCCCUUCUGGUUCUUUGGAUUACUUCUCCUCGCGCCGCGGUUCUCCUGCGCUCAGCUGUUGGACGAACGCGCGUCUCUGACCUCCUUGGACCUGACGGAGUUGAUCGGCGUGCCCCUCCCCCCCUCCGUCUCCUUCGUCACGGGCUUCGAGGGCUACCCCGCCUACAGCUUCGGCCCGGACGCCAACGUGGGCCGCCUCACCAAGUCCUUCGUGGCCGACCCGUUCUACCACGACUUCUCCAUCACGGUCACGGCCAAGCCCACCACGCGGCGCGGCGGCGUGCUCUUCGCCAUCACGGACGCUUACCAGAAGAUUGUACAUUUGGGUGUAGCGUUGUCCGAGGUGGAGGACGCCUCCCAGAGGGUCAUACUGUACUACACCGACCCCGGGACAAGAGGCGGGACCCGGGAAGCAGCUUCAUUCAAGCUGGGAGACAUGACGGGGAGAUGGGUGCGGUUCUCCCUGACCGUCCAGGGGGCGGAGGUGCGUCUCUACAUGGACUGUGAGGAGUACCACCGGGUGGCCUUCACCAGGAGCCCCCGGCCCCUGACCUUCGAGGCCAGCUCGGGGAUCUUCGUGGGGAACGCUGGUGGAACGGGCCUGCCGCGCUUUGUGGGCUCCAUCCAGCAGCUGGUGUUGAAGUCGGAUCCCACGGCCCCAGAUGACCAGUGUGAGGAGGACGAUCCUUAUGCCUCUGGAUACGGAAGCGGUGACGAUGACUACGAAGACAUUGAGGGAAGAGACGAAGUGAAGAAGAUUGUGGAGGAGAGAGAGUACACCAUGCCCUUCCCGGAGCUGGACUCCACUUCCAGCACCCCGGUACAAGCUCCGCCCACUGAGAGGCCACGAGGUCAUGAUGAUGAUGAAGAUGAGGAUGUGCACAUAGAGGAGCCUUCGGGACAGGAAGUGGAGACGACCACAGUGAGAGAUGGUGCUAGAGGAGACUCUCCCUUUCUCUCAUCUGACUUUGUUCCAGAGGAAUCAUUUCAGACGGACGCCCCAUACGCCUCUUUUGAAGCUCCCCUGCAGGUGUCCCCGGGACAGAAAGGGGAUCCGGGUCCAUCCGGUUCCCCGGGGCCGCCGGGCCCUCCAGGACCAGCCUCUGCAGACGGGGAGGGGGGCGAACCGGGCCCCCGGGGUCCGCAAGGACCGGGGGGGACCUCAGGUCCACCUGGGGCUUCUGGGAAAGAUGGACAGCCUGGAAGCAGCGGGGUCACUGGUGCCCCAGGUGCAACUGGGCCUCCAGGAUUCCCAGGGCUGCAGGGAGAGCCUGGUACUCUGGGAGAAAAGGGCGAUCGGGUCGUUGGACUACCGGGUCCUCCAGGCCCUCCUGGAGCUGCAGGUCCAGCGAGCAAGUCUUCCAUAUUCCCGGAAGGUUCUGGAUUUGAGGACUUUGACAGCGAUGCAGAGAUGUUCCGGGGGCCUCCGGGGCAUCCCGGCAUCCCGGGACAGCCGGGGCCCCCGGGAACCUCGUCGGAAGAAUUCUUUCCUGGACCACCUGGGGUCCCUGGGAGAGACGGGAAGGACGGAGAGUCGGGUGAACCUGGAGUCGAGGGGAAAGAUGGCCGUCCAGGACCUGCCGGGGAGAAAGGAGACAAGGGAGAAUCCGGCUCAAGCGGGCAAUCGGGAGCAAAGGGGGAUCAGGGCCCUCCAGGGUUUCCAGGCCUCCCGGGCUCGGAGGGCCCAGAGGGGCAGCCUGGUCCCAGGGGUCUCUCUGGCCCUCCUGGGCCCCCAGGUCCUCCUUGGGGAGGCUUCGCCAUGGAGUUUGAGGACUCCGAAGGCUCCGGGCUGCAGAGCGGCUUUGGGGCCGCGCUGCCCAGCGGCCCUCAGGGUCCUCCAGGAACCCCCGGACUUCAGGGACCCCCGGGGAAAGAAGGUUUAGACGGCCUGCUGGGGAAACCGGGCCUCAAGGGGGGGUCUGGUGCUACGGGACCACCAGGGUUUCCAGGCCUGGAGGGCCUGAAAGGGUCGGAGGGAGAAAAGGGGACCGAAGGGGAUCCAGGACUGAAGGGCGAGAGGGGACAGGACGGGCUCAGUCUACCCGGUCCUCCUGGACCACCUGGACCAGCAGGACCCGUUAUGAACCUCCAGGAUCUGCUGCUCAACGACACGGACGGAGCCUUCAACCUCUCGGGGCUCUUUGACGCUCCGGGUCCCGCUGGACCACGCGGUCCGAAGGGAGACGGGGGGUUGCCAGGAGUUCAGGGACCUGCAGGACUGAAAGGCGAAAGGGGCGAGCCGGGUUUGGUCAUCGCAGCAGACGGAUCCCCCCAGUCGGGCCCGGCUGGACCCAAAGGACUCAAGGGAGACGACGGCGUAUCCGGACCUGCCGGAGUUACAGGACCGAGCGGACCGCCGGGACGAAAAGGAGAAUUCGGUUUUCCUGGCAGAUGUGGGCGUCCAGGCCGGAUGGGGCCAAAGGGUCCGCGAGGAGACUCUGCAGGCCUCCAGGGUGCUCCCGGCCUCCCGGGGCCGCCGGGCCGUCCGGGAAUAUUCAACUGCCCCAAAGGAACCGUGUUCCCCAUCCCUCCGAGGCCCCGCUGCAAAAUGACUCUCAACCCCAAUGGAACCGUGGCCAUCGGAAACUGUCAGACGUUACUGAAAGGCGAAAAGGGACUUCAGGGUCCUCCCGGGAUCCCGGCGCCUCAAAGCUCUUUUCUUCCCAGGGGAGGCUGGGGGGCCAGAGGUGACCAGGGCAAUAAAGGAGAGAAGGGAGACAAGGGGGCGGCGGAGUUGCCGUGGGAACCAGGUAACCCCGGGAGAACCGGGCUGGUGGGUCCCAAAGGGGAAGCGGUGCUUGGUCCACAAGGCCACCCCGGGGUGCCAGGUUCACCGGGUCUUCCGGGCUCCGGCAGACCAGGACCGGUCGGAGUUCCGGGGCCACCGGGGCCCCCGGGCCCCUCGGCACCCUCUCAGUCCCCCUACAGAUACGGAUCAGCGUUGACCAUCGCCGGUCCUCCUGGACCUCCUGGUCCAUCUGGACCUCCUGGACCUUUGAGCAAGGCAGCGUCGCUGAGGACCUUUAAGUCCCGUGAGAACAUGAUGCAGCACACCGCCCGGGACGCGGAGGGGACUCUGGCCUUCGUCACGGCAACAGGAAGUCUCUUCGUCAAAGUCUCCCAGGGAUGGAAAGAGAUCCAGCUCGGCAGUCUGAUCUACCUCUCCAACAACAUCAUCCCGCAGGACGAGCCCCGGGUUUCAUAUCAGAUACGAGGAGAGCCGAUGGAGAGAAUACGCUCCGUCAACGAUAGGCUCAACCUGGUGGCCUUGAACCAGCCGCACUCGGGCGACAUGAUGGGGCUGGACAUGGCGGACCGGAUGUGCUCCGAUCAGGCCAAGGCCAUGGGCCUGGCCCCCAACUACCGCGCCUUCAUGUCCUCCCACAGCCAAGACCUGAUCCACGUGGUCUACCCGGGUCUGAGGGACUCUCUGCCGGUCACCAACCUCAGGGGGGAUGUGAUGUUUCGGAACUGGCGGUCCAUCUUCAACGGCGACGGCGGGCCGAUGGACGCCCGGAUACCGAUUUACUCCUUCGACGGCCGGGACGUCCUAGCGGACCCCUUCUGGCCUCAGAAGAGCAUCUGGCACGGCACCACCGGCCGGGGCGUCCGAGUGGUGGACAAGCACUGCGAGACGUGGCGAGCGGACCACGUGUCCGUCGCCGGCCAGUCGUCCAGCCUGACCUCGGGUCUGCUCCUGGGCCAGCAGACGAGGAGCUGCUCCAACCAGUACAUCGUGCUCUGCAUCGAGAACCAGAAGAACCUUUAAAAAACAAACAACAACAGAACACUGCAUCCAGCAUGGCGGCCACCAGAAACGUUCAACACUCGGGGAGAACAAACAUUUGUGCUAACGUGGAGCAUUUUUGUGUUGAUAACGCAAUUUUUUCCCUUUUUCUUGAACUUAACACAACGUCUCUUUUGCGUACACGAAGGGAUGUUAUGUUAACGCUAACACCUCAAAGAGAAACGUGGUCGUGGUUAUUUGGUGUUUAAAUGAUACUCGCGGCACCUUGAAGCUUUUUUUUUUUUUUUUACAAAGAAAGUUGACUCGUUUGCAACGCCACGCAUCUGAGCCAUGUCUCUUUUUUUCGACAGAUGAGACCGAAGACGCGACGGCUGCAGGAGUCUGAGUCUUUUCUUUAUUUUUUGGGGUGGAUUUCCAAAGACUCUUGGGUUUGGAGGCGUAAAGGGCCACUGUCACUGUUUUUGUAGAGUGGUUUGAAGGGCAAGACACGCGUUUGCAUAACUUACUAAUUCCCUCGUGCAACAGUCGGGGGAGACCAGACAACCCGUGUUGCCACCAAAAGUCAUAUUUGAUGCACUGUAUAAUUUCUUUUUGGAAAAAAAAAAUAUUUUUCUAGGUCAACAUUGAUUGUGUUGUAGCUUCUUUUUUUUCAUACAUCUUGGUGAUCUCACAUCUUAGCAGCUGUUCCUCUCAAUGGGCUAUUUAAUUUAAAUUCAAUCAUUUAUUUAUACCGUCACAGCACAUAAAACAAACAAAAAUCUGAUUACAUUUAAGAAUGUAAGUUAUCUGGGUUUUUUUGUUGUCAAAUGACUGUUUUCUUCUCACUCUUUUCUAUCUUUUUGUACAGUUUUUUUUUAUUUUUAUGUUUCUAGUUUCUACUCCAGCAGUCAGAAAUAAGCCCCUCCCCCCCAAAUGUGGUGAUGCAAUUGAAACGGGCUAAAUAUUUUCAUCCAUAAAAAGAUAAGAGUUCAAGGAAAAGAAAUUCCAAAGGGGAUAAAGUCAAGUUUUUUGUGUAAAUAUUGGUGCUUUGUUGAAUAAAGUUUUCUCUUUUCAUAA